GACGUCAUGAUGCACCCAAAAGAGAAAAGCGAAAGUGUUUUGGGGGAUGCAGAGAUCAGAGCAGCAGCAGCAUGAGACGCCCAUCGUCUGACUGACGGCCGGACCGGGAUCAUGGUUCUGGAAAUCUGGAGAAUCUUUUCCGUCUGCAGCUGUGUGCUGAGCCAGGAGGCAGGAAGCGCUGAAGAGAUCGCUGAAGGAACCUGGAAGAAGCUUCCCAAGCUGAAGAACCCUGCAAAGAUCUGGAACAACCGCAAACAGAAGAAGAAGCAUGAAGAGGGUCAGUUGGGUGAUGUGCAGCUGGAGGAGCAGCAGGAGGAGAAACAGCACGAGGAGCAGCUGGAAGAGGUCACCAGGAGGCUGAUCCUCAGGGAGGAGGCACUCUUCAGCCUAGACUCCCACAGUGAGGAAGAGGAGGACCAGCUGCAGAAAGACUUUGAAUCUCUCAGCAUCCAGAUCUGGAUGGCCGUCCACAACACCUUCGCCCCUCCGUCUCCCUCUGAGGAUCACUUGGAGGUCCUGAGGAGUGCCGUGGACUCCAUCCAGCAGCAGGAGAUGCAGGACCAGCGCUGGAAAGACCGUCCAAAGGACAAGGUCCCAGUGUGGCGUCCUCAGAGGUGGUGGAGUACUCACAACAGGCUGCUGCAGAAGAUGGUGGAGUCCAGGCUGACGGAGGCUGUGGAGGAGCAGUCAGGUGAAGCUGAACAGCUGUCCUCAGCCGUGAAGAAGCAGGUGUGCCGUACGGGGAAGCGUUUGAAGGAGGACCUCCUGACAGUGGUGAGGACGGUGAAGGACUGCUACGCCACGAGGAUGGACAUCCUGAACAUCUACGCUGGACUCUACCAUCAGACCUUCUCUGCCCAGCUGGUGGCGCUGGCGUCUGCUGGGCUGGAGGUUGACGACUGCAGCUACGUCCUGUUCUGGGUCAACCACUAUUAUCCAGAAGAAAUACUGAAACACGAAGAACUGGACGGGCAGAUAAAGACGGCCUGUCUGGGUUCCCUGCUGCAGCAGGACAGUCUGAGGCGGCUGGAGGAACAAUACCUGAGCCACAGGGAGGAUAAAGUGAAGCUGUGGCUGAACACGGUUCUGAAGAAGGAGGAAGAGAGCUGGCUCAGCGGAAAAACCCCUGAGCUCAUCGACAGCUAUUACUUCAGUCCGCUGGCCAUCGAUGUCAUACAGGUGGUGAACGGCUCCCUGACUGAGUUCAGCUACGCAAUUAAAGACCAGAACAAGGCUCAGAGGCUUACAGUUCACCUGGAGAACUUUCUCAGCAGCUACAAGAAGAGCGUGGAGGACUUAGUGAAGGCAAACCCCGCUAACCUGCAUCCAGUGAUUAAAGCUCAGCUGGUGUGUGAGCAGCAGCUCAGAGAUUACAUAACUGGUCAGACUGAGGGUCUGUCUGAAGAGCAGAAGCGCCGCUGCCUGGAUGCUCUCACGGCUCUCAGGGACUGUGGAUACCAGUGUUUUACCUGCCCUCUCCAUGGCCAGAUCAAGGUUUAUUUAAACCCACUGUGGACGUCCGCCUGGGUGGACGGCUCCUUUGCUGUUGUCGACUCGCUGCUGAACUUUCUGAACCAACAACUGGAUGGCCUGUCGGACCUAAAGCCAGCCUGCAAGCAGGCUCUGGUCUGCAGCGUCCUUCAAGACGUGGCCGUUCAGUAUGUGAAGAAGACGAUGAAGACCAGGAUGAAGAACAGACAGCAGCAGGUGGCCGGAUCCCAGCGCAUGCUGGAAGACGCUAAGAAGAUUGAAAGCUUCUUCAAAGAGGAGGGCUGCACUGAGGCCUUGUGGAUGUCUGAGAUGCUCUGCGGCCUCGCUGAGAUCCUCCGUCUGCAGGAUCCUCCCAGCAUUCACCUGGAGGUCGUAAAUCUGGCCAGAAAGUACCCAGACUUCAGCGGCGCUCACGUGUCAGCGUUGCUGUCUCUGAAAUUCGGCCUGUCGGCUGAGGACGUUCGCUCCAUCAGAGCCAGCGUGGAGGAGAACCGCCCCCUCGACGCCUCAGCCAAUCAGAGCCCUCUCUUCUUCUCCCAUAUUAAAGUCAAAUGGAUCAACAAGAUCAACAAAAUGUGGGUCAAGAGUUAAAACAGCGUAGCUUGUUAACGUUGCAUGCUAGCAGAACCAGCUGUCGUUCCGUCUCAUUAGAUAAAGUUUAUUUAUAAAGAGCCUUUCACCUACGUAAAAACACAAAGGUAUAUGUAAAAAGAACAAGAAAUAUACAACAGAAUUAUUUUUUAUUGGUUUUUAAACAUCUGUAAAAAAGCUGACACAAAUAGUUCAGAGCCUGGCCGUUUAGAGCCCUGUAGGUAAGAAUGAGUAUUUUACAACAAACUCUGAGAUCCACUAAGGAAACAAGACUUACCGGCUUUACUAAGAGGUCCGGCUGCGGCGUUCUGGACAGCUCGGAGCCGUGAAAUGGAAAAUCUGCUUAGACCUAUAUGACAGAGCAGUGGUCUAGACAGGAUGAAAGAGAUGCAUGAAUGGCGUCCUCUAGAUCUACUGCAGAGACCGCGGGACGUGUUUCAGAGCUGCUUCCUAAAGCAACAGGAAGGACAGACGGAUCGGACGUUAGAGUCAAAGCCUAAUAAACAGUCAAAUGCAGCUCUUACGUAUUUUUCUGUGGCAAAGAGAAGCAACUGUGUGGUUGAUUACUCUCUAAAUAUAAAAGCUUAGCUUAUUGCAGCUGACGUGUCUCUGGGCCCCAUCCGGGCCUUUGCUUUGGCUGGAUGGGGCCCAAUAAGGAGCUUCUGCAUGGGCUCACUGGGGUUGGCUAAAUAAAACCCACCAGGGCCGACCAAUCAGGUCCCCUGUGUAGAUCUUUCUGAAACACAUCAGGACCCAUAUGGGUUCUGCUUGUUCCCAGAAGAAGGUUCUGCAUUUAGGAAAUAAAAACGGAACCUUUAGGGAAUCUGUUGGUGAAAGAGUCCAGUUCAGAUCCAGAUCUGACGACUGGUGUCAGUCCUCCAUGCCUUUCAGUUCUGCUUGUAUGACGUAUAUUUACUGUGAAAACUGUUAGAAAAUGUAACUUAUUUACUCUAAUUCUACAACCAGACCGACUUUAAAUCCAUUCAGCUUCAUGUUGCAUUAACCAAACUCUAAAGAAGUGAAUGUUAUAAAGCUGUACAGUCUGUGCUAUGAAGCCUAUAUUUGUGCUGACUGCUUCUAAUGUGUAUUUAGAGAAACAAUGAGGUUUAUCUGUUUCUGUACUUGUUUCAAUAAACGGAUUCAUUCAGCCGA